GAAGCUACUGCUUUUGUCUUACUACGUUGAUGCUACGGUUGCCAUACUCCGACUCAUUUGCUCUCCUUUGCAUUGUCGAUGCAAAGCCUGGUUUAUGUGGACAUGACAUACUCCCGGCACAUUCGAUGUUACUCGGGGCAAUGCCGGGAAUCUAUGAAAAGACCGACACGGUGACUCGAAAGGCCAUCUCAGAUCCAAAGCGUCCAAAAAGUCUAAAACCGAAAAAAAUUCACAAACCAAGCUAAACCUUUUGAAAGAGACUCUUCGGGAAAGGACACAUUAUCUCACAGGAGGCUCACAUUGACACUAGGCUACUUUAUUCUCGGAUAAUACGUUUUUGGAUCAAUUUUGAAGUCACAAGUUCAGAGCAAACAUGGCAGCAAUCCGUGUGCAGUCCUCGCUGUUAGAUGUUCUAUACUUUUUCAGUGAGAAAGCAAUUGGCUGGACCCGACCUGCACCGGUUAUCCCCACGCGUACGGUGAACCCUGUGGUGAGCAGUGCCAAAUUCGCUUUAGAGGAGACCGACCUUGUGCAAUUGAAUGACGAGGGCGUGAAAGUAGCUGCGAGAUACAUCUUGCAAAAGCUAGCCUCCGAGUCGUACACUCCAAGGACGUGGCGUACCCAUCCGCUUCAUGUCUGUCCACCAGAGGUGUACUCCUCAUCUGAUCCGCUCUCAAAAGCAUCCCUGGACUGGAUAUUUCUUAUUUCAUCUUUGAAUUUCAGCUUUUGGUCUGAAAGGGAGGGAAAGCCUGACCGCUACGGUGUUGAGUGGCGCGAAGGCUGGGGAAAAGAAAAACGAGCUGCGCAUACAGGCUAUUGGAGUCUCGUCGCCGCACUCAAUCGAGCUCUGGAGGAAGAUAUCCCGAUCACAGAUCCUACGUUCUAUUCUUCCCCUGUGCGCUGCCCGGAUUCUGUGAUAGAAUAUGUCUUUCGUCCUGCAUCUCAGUGCAGUGAAACCCUACCGCUUUUGAAAGAGCGAAUUCAAAUCAUGCGGGAAGUGGGGUCCAUUCUGUGCAAGAGGUUUUCUGGCUCUUACCAAGGGUUCAUAGAAGAAUUUCAGAGGACCCACGGGAACCAGGGAACAGCUUUGGAACUUGUGCAAAUGGUGACUGAUGUGUUUCCAUCGUUUCGGGAUGAACGAUGGUACAAGGAUCGCAAAGUUUACUUUUGGAAACGACCACAGAUCCUAGUUGCAGAGACAUGGGCUGCAUUCUAUCCCGCUGAUCCGGCUCUCCCUCACCCAAUAUUCCCUGGCACAUCUGGUCCUGCUAUCCAUCACCUAACCAUGUUCGCCGACUAUCGGGUCCCUCAAAUAUUGCACCACCUGCGCAUCUUGGUCUAUCCUUCUUCUCUAGUCGAUACCCUCCAGGCGGGGACCAUGCUUCAGCCGGGUUGUAGGGAAGAGGUCAGCUUGCGUGCUGCAAGUAUCGUUGCUGUAGAAAGGGUGUGGGAGGAAAUUAUAACGCUCCGGGAAGCUUCGAUGGUAAAGUACGAAGGAGAAGUGAGUAGCGUGUUGAUCGACUUUUAUCUUUGGGAUCUGGCCAAGAAAUUAGAGAGCGGUGAAGAGCACGUAGAGGGGGUGGAGACGGCUGAGAUCACUCCUGCGCAUCGAACGAGGAGCAUCUGGUACUAGCUUGGAUGAUGAGGAACGGGAUGGGCAUGAAAAAGUAUACUAAUAAUUAUUCCAUUAUAUUACACUAGGAAAUAAUGUCGAAGUAGCAUGGAUGAUGUCUACAAACACACUACGGGAAGAGUUCAUACUACCGUCCGCCUUGGUCUGCCUCUACCCCUAGAUGGCUUUUCUAAUAGAUAGGAAAAGUUCCUUUUCUCUGGCUCCACAUACUCCAUACCUAGUUCUCGCAUUAUCGCUUCCUCGCUCUCGCCUUCCACAAACAUCCAGUAGCCUUUAAGAAUUCCACUUUCGCUCUCCCCUCCGUCAUGUUCAUUUGGUGUACUAGCGGUAUCAUCGGGUUGCCAUCGCCACAGCCCAAACUCAUUCAGGAGCAUACCAAGGCUGGCGGCCUUGGCGGACAUGGUUUUUGUGAACUCCACGUCACCUGUGAGAGCGAGGAGCGCUGCUCCUCUUGAUUUCAUUGGAACCAGACUCAGACUCAACCGGCGAUAAUGGCCUUCGUUGUUCUUGCAGAGACGCACCCGCAGCUCCUUUUCUUCCCAAAGUCCCUUGGGCGUUCUCUCAGGGACUCUGAUGAUGCCAUGCCACCGUCGAGCACCAGAGGCCAUCGCGACGUUU